GCAGGUCGAGCCCACCGCUUGUGCUUCGACGGCGGUGUGGAUGGGGUGCAUCCUGGACGUGGUGGUGCAGGCAUGGUGCGGAUUGCAUGUUUGCCUUCUGAAGUUUGUUGCUGUGGACGCUUUCGAGGGUGAAGAGCGGGUGGAGGUGAUGAGGGCAGCGCUGGCACAGUUGGAGAUUCUGGGACUGCACUCGGAAGGGAGCUUUGAGGUGUGUUGUAGGACGUUCUUCGGGCCGGACCUUGUGCACCACGACAACACCCUACUUGUGCAAACGUCGGAGGGACGUCUCUUCAAAAAGCCCGCCGACAUGUUCUUCACCAGCUGGCACCAGGAAGCUUUGACGAACCGGGACGCGAUAGUGAGGCUUCGAAACCGGAAGAAAAUUUGUCCUGCUGGCCCAGAUGCCCUGCGAGCUGGCAAUUUACCCACCUUCACCUGGAAGCAGAAACGUCACGACGCAAAAGUUCUGGACACGGAGAAGAACUUGGCGGCGAACCUGGACUUCAUUCAUGGCGGUCGUGCGCAUACAUGCGGAAGAAUCCCUGAUAUCGAUCACAUUCUUGACUUCUGUGCUUCACCACCCAAGAAGGAGUGCAUGGGUAUCCAGAGACUAGGCACAGACAAGGCCGGGCUGCAGUUGGCAGCAGGUUUGGAGCCUGCUGCCCAUAGCGUAUUUCGAGCCGGCUGGAAGCAGAUCGAGCCCAUCGCUUGUGCUUCGACGGCGGUGUGGAUGGGGGGCAUCCUGGACGUGGUGGUGCAGGCAUCGUGCGGAUUGCACCUUUGCCUUCUGAAGUUUGUUGCUGUGGACGCUUUCGAGGGUGAAGAGCGGGUGGAGGUGAUGAGGGCAGCGCUGGCACAGUUGGAGAUUCUGGGACUGCACUCGGAAGGGAGCUUUGAGGCGAUGUUUGCAGCAAUCGUCAUCAUCAGCACCACCACCACCAUCAUCAUCAUCAUCAGCGGCGAUGCUCGUAAUCUGAAUGGCAGCCCCUGCUUAUAG